CUGUGCAUUACAAGCAUUAGGCGCUCAACCAGCCAGCUUACAGUAUCAGAAUCUAUCACAAAAAUGAUAUGGAGAAUUCUUUGUGUAAGCGUUCUCCAUUUCAUGUGCGUUUUUGGAUGCGAUGUGGAAAUGAAACUAACAGGUCGGGAGGUUCCCGUCCCUCAGGAUAACCACAAUAACUUCGUUUACUAUGCUCACAUCGGUAUGGGAACGCCAGCUCAACCAUUCAGAGUGACUUUCGAUACAGGGUCAGUGGAUUUAAUCCUCAUUAACAAGGAUUUCUCAAAUAUAGCUCAGUCCCAGUACCAACCCAACACAUUUGACUAUCGUCAAAGCAGUACAUAUGAACCACUAAACAUUGAUGGAGAUCCAAAUUUCAAAACCGAGUAUGGCAGAGGGAUGAGAAGUGGAAAGCUGGCAUUAGAUGUUAUGACGAUAGGUGAUGGAAAUCAAAAGAUUCAAGUCAAAACCAUGUUUGGCCUUGCAGACGAAAUAGAAGAAUACAAUCCAGAGGAAUCCGAUGCUGUAUUUGGGCUCGGUUUCACCAUGGGAAGUCAUUUGAAAAAUCCAAUUAUAUCACCUCUUGAAACUAUAAUUUCACAGGCUGAAGUAUGCGGUGCAGUGAGUUACUUUGCAGAGAGAAUUGUUGAAGAUCGGUCUGUGCGGGAUUAUUUCGCAUCUCAUAGCGGGGAGUUGUAUUUUGGAGGGUUCAACAAAAAGUACGUGGAUGAACAACACCCCAUUAUCACAGCCAAGGUUAAGCCAAAGAAACGCAUGGACAGUAUGUUUUUUACGGCGUGGGAUAUACAAAUGGAAGGGAUGUACGUUGGUGAUGAAAAGCUGGGUUAUUUCACCCAAUUGCUACCGGACUCAGGUACUUCAAGAAUUGGAAUUCCUGAACAUCUUUUGGAACAGCUGACACAGCUCAUUUUUAAGGAGAACCGUGGAUCAUUUCCUGCAGACAUACUUACCAGAAAAAAUGUAUAUCCUUGUCGACUUCUACCAGACAAUCUGCCAAAUUUAUCGUUCAAGAUCAUCGAUAAGAACGGUAGAUUGCAGAACCUUGUUUUAGAGCCUAAGGACUACAUAUUUUCAAUAGAGAAAGAUUUGCUGUGUCAUUCGAGGUUCAACGAGGUAGUUGAGGCAGAAAGUCAAAAGAUAGAUGAGGGAGACGGUCAAAAGAAAAUAUUGUUGGGCUUGCCUUUCUUUCAAAAGUAUUACACUUCUUUUGAUUUCCAAAAUAAAGAGGUAUCGUUUGCGGUUGCGAAACAAGAUAAGGUAACCGUGCCUAUUCAACCGGGACUAGCUGGGAAACAAGCCUAUGCAAAUCUGCACCCAAUGAAUAAAAAACAAUUUGACGAAAUGUACGGCAGCAGUUUUUAGCUAUUGUAAUAGCUACUAGCUGUUGAAAUUCAGCACUCCUGAAUUAAAAUGAAUAAAAAAAAUUAUACAAAGAAAA